AUGGCCGAUAAAGCCCAAGACGAAGCGGAAGGGGUCGCUUUGAAUCCAUCCUCAGGAGAAGGUGCCGCUCCCAAAGAGAAUGUGCGAGGAGGCAAGCCAGGAAUCUGGCAGUCAGGAAAAAACUGCGUUUCGUACUUCUCCACCCUCAGCGUCUUCACGAUCACCACUCUCCUUAUGAUUCCUGGUCUCGCUCUUGCAUGCUAUCAUCAAAGAGCUCUUCAACUCCUUACGCUCACUACUACAUCUACUCCUGGCAAGAUUAGCGGAGGUUUGAAUGCAACAAAUGGAGGUGGAGAUAAUCUCACUCACAAGAUAUAUCUAUGGUAUUAUUGUAUCUCGGGCGUUGCUGCUGGAGCUGGCAAUCUUGUAAACAUAACGGAUAGUUGUCAUCAAUCAAGACAAGCAUUAACCUAUCACAUUCUCCCUUCCCUCAACUCAACCUUUAAACCUCCUCUUCCUGGAUACGAUGCCUCUGGUCCUAUCAUGGCGAUCAAUGAUCUCAUUCAGAACUACGCGUAUCCAGCUUUCGCCUCCUAUGUCGCCGCCAUUUUUCUCUUAAUAAUCUUUUCCAGUUUCUUCAUCUGGUGGUUCGGUGCUACCGCUACGCCACAUAAGGAGACACUUAUGCUCGUACUGUCCAUCUUCACAGGUUGUUUUGCCACCCUUGCAGCACUGCAAACCUAUCUCUGCUACCAAACCAUCUACAUCCUCAAUCGCACCAUGGAACAUUCCAAAUCCACUCUAAACAUAUCCAUCACACCCGGCUUUUCCUAUCUCAUCAUCAUCCAUCUCUUCUGGAUCAUCCUUCUUCUCAACAUCUUCAUCAUCCCCAUCUCAACAUGCAUCAAACGUCGCCGCGCGAAGCGACAACUCAAAGCCCUAGAAACCGAUGCACACGAGCUCAAAGAAAACGAAACUCUAAACGGCAACACUAAAGUAUGUAGUACUCCAGAUGAGCCUGCUGAUUCGGAGUCCAGUGAUGAUGAUUACAAUAUGCCUCCUCGCGGUGCACCCCAAUAUGGUGUGCCCACAUAUCCUCAUCCCGGUAUGCAGGAUCAGGGAUAUUAUGGUCAUGGCUAUGGUGCGCAAAUGCCGAUGCCUAUGUCUCUGUCGGAUCCCAUGCAGGACAGCAUGUAUCCACCACAGUCUGCAAAACGCAAGAACAAGGAGAAGCGAGAACAAGAAAGGGAUACAGCAAGUCUAUAA